UUGCGGCAGUUAUCGCACUGUCAAACAAACAUACACAUGUCUAUGUGGAUUCACAUGUGUAAACGAACUCUCUUUGUGUUUAUUAAAGACAGACUUUGUAUAUCUUUGUUAUUCGCAUUCUAUUAACUGGACUUUAAGCAAGCAAAUUGUCUAUGUGUGUUUAUUGUUGCUGUGUCGGUGUUUCGUUGAGCAUUUUGGCGGGAUUUUAAUGCACACAUAUUCACACAGAAUCAAUUCGAUACAGAUGGAGUUUUUGUUGAAAAGAAAAACAUAAUGCCCAUGCAAAAAACUGAUAUUGACGAUUAAGAGUUGAGGAAACGCUAGUUGGUUGAAAUAUUCUUUUAUUGAAUCUACUGAAGUGAUGUAAAAUGCAUCGAAACAAAGUAAUUGUACUAUUUGAUGGCUAUUCAAAGACAGUAAACAGCACAACGACAUUGGCGAAUUGUACCUGUACAUUGGUCAAAGGAAAAAACAGCUGCAUUAUUGUUGAUACACGAACAUCUUGGGAUGGAAAUGAAAUUAUUGAUGCAUUGCAGAACCAUGGUAUAAAUGUGAAUGAUAUCACACAUGUAGUGUGUACACAUGGUCACAGUGAUCAUAUCGGAUGCAAUUAUUUGUUUUUAAAGGCAAAAGAGCAUAUUGUUGGUCAUGCGAUAUCGAAUAAAGAUGAAUAUCGAUAUACGUUUGAUAACACAACUACGUAUGCCAUCGACGAAGGCAUUUUCAUUAUGUCGACUCCAGGUCAUACGCUCGACUCAAUUACUUUAAUUGUUGAAAAUAGUGAUUUAUCAGAGAAUUCAGUAGCGAUUUGUGGUGACUUGUUCGAGAAACGAGAGGACAUUGAUGAUGAGACGCAUUGGACUAGUGUUGGAAGUGAUGAUAUCAACCAACAGCGAAAGAAUCGACAAAUUAUUGCGGAAAUGUCUGGCAUAAUAAUACCAGGACAUGGCCCAAAAUUUGAUGUGACACCUGAAAUUCGGUCCAAGCUUAAGGAACAAGAAAGAAUUGAAAAAUCGAGUUAAAGCAAUAGCGUUGUAUUCAAAUGUUUAUUUACAUUGAAAAAAUUGAUAGAAUAGAUUAACAGACAAUUCAAAUAAAUUCGACAUUUGGAGUAUAAUCAGGGAUGAGUUCGUAGAUUUUGCUACGCCAACGUUCACGUCGCUCUUCGGUAUCUUUUUCGAUUUUAAGAAUGGCAUGUAAGCGUCGCCAAUGUUCCAAUACUUUCCAUUUCAUGUACCUAAAAUCGUCGAAGACAAACAGAAUUUUAAAAAAAUGUAUGCAAACAAUGAUUUUGUUUUUAUAAUAAACCAAAAAGAAGCGUACCAAUUGAAA